GAAUUUUAUUUCUAGUUUGUAAAAUGUUACAAACAUAGAACGCUGAACAAAUACUCAGUUAGAUUUCCCACCAAUUUGUUUUUAUGUGCCUAAAAAAAUUUCUUGGUACGUUGAUAUUGUCAUCAUAUUUCCUAUCCACAUCUUUCAAGUGAGAGUAAUAUGAGGCAUAUAAAGAUAUUUUAAAUCAUGACAUUUCAAACAGACAAAGCAAUGUAUACUGGAUCUAAAUCUACAAAAAAUUCAAUCACAAGACAACAGUUUACUCAAGAACUAACUGCUCGUCUAGAACAAUUAUCAUUAAAACAUGAAAUUCAUGAAACAGAUGAAUAUUCAGAAAUAUCUUUGUCAUCCUCGUCAUCAACAUCAUCAUUUCCAUCGCCUGUAUCAUCACCUAGAAAUAGUCUCAUGAUACGUACGAAUAGACUUUCUAUAAACGAUAGUAAAUUUACAAAGAAAGCAUCCAAUAAUUUACAAAAGUCAAAUCAGAUAAAAUUAUCUUCAAAAAACACGAAACCAUGUCAACAAACGUGUAUUAAAUCGAAAUGUUUACAACAAUCAAAUAAUAAGCAAUUUUUAGAAAAUGAAAUAAAUUCUUCCAUAUCAACACAAGAUAAUUAUAAUUAUUUUAAAGAUAAAUAUAUUCAAACAAAUCAAAUGAAUAAAACUAGUGGCAAACGUAAUUUUCCGCUUAAAUCUUUUGAAUUAUGUACUCAAUAUCCAAAGGAAAAAGAGGAAUUUACUUUAAUUAAUGAGAAUAUUUUACAUAAUCCACAUCAGUAUGAUGUAUCAGUAGGAAAAGACAAAAAUGUUGACCGGAUAUCAGAUCAAAGUGAUAAUGAUCAAGAGCUAGAGUGUUUAGAAGAUGAUACAGUGAUAAUAGAUGAUAAUGAAUCAGCAGUAGAUAUGUCGGAUUCAGAUGUUUCAUGUACAAGACGACUAAGUAAUAUACCAGAAGAAAUUCUACCACCAGUCAUUGCAUCCCUAUUUCCCAAUACACCAUCAGUUUUGCGCUUUGUUGAUGGUAAACAGAUUGGUCGUAAAGAUAAAUUAUGGAUAAAUUUAAAUCAGUUACGCUCCCGUUUUGGUAAAAAGUCAAUUGAUUUUGUGCCAAGAACAUUUUGCUUACCAGGAGAUUUAAAAUCAUUGAGGGAAUUUUGGACACAUAAUGAAACUACAAGUAAAAAGUCAUCAAAUGACGAAGCCUUAUUUCAUUUUCGACCUAAAUGGAUUAUGAAACCACCAGCAUCAGCUCGUGGGAUCGGAGUAAAAUUAGUUCGUGGUUGGUCUGACAUUCCUAAACAACGUCGUGUAAUUGUUCAGUCAUAUAUUAAUCAACCAUAUUUAAUUGAUGGCAAGAAAUUUGAUAUAAGAUUAUAUGUUUUCGUGGCAGGCUUUAGUCCACUUCGAGCAUAUGUAUAUAGAGAAGGUUUGGUGAGAUUUGCUUCACAAAAAUAUUCUACUUCUGUUCAACAAUUAAGAAAUCGCUUUGUACAUUUAACAAAUUAUUCUGUUAAUAAAUAUAAUAAAACGGAAGAAUCAUUUGUAUCGAAUCAUAAAUGGAAAUUGAGCACAUUAUGGUCAUAUCUAACAGAACGUGGAGCUGAUGUGCCUAACCUGUGGUCACGUAUUGUUGAUAUUGUUUUUAAGACAUUAUCAUCUGUUGUCAGUUGUAUUGCAACGAUGGUUGAUCAGAAUUGUCGACGACGUGCAUCAGUUUAUGAAUUAUUUGGUUUCGACAUCAUAUUGGAUGCUGAUCUUAAACCAUGGCUUUUAGAAGUUAAUGUAUCACCGAGUUUACACACUAAUACACAACUUGAUGAUGAAGUAAAAACUGCUGUUGUUAAAGAUAUGUUCAACAUAUGUGGGUUUCAACUGCCUCCUGACUACCAUUCAUCAUUAUCUGUAACAACAAGUCAAUCAAGGUCUCUAAACAAUGUUCACUAUGAGCUCAAUAAAGAUAAGAAUUUAAGCGCGACCGGAAGAAUUACUCCAGAGUCAAUGUUACUGCUACAAAAAGGUGAUCAAUUCUAUAUUUCACGCAGAAAUAACAACGAUAUCAAUUACAGUGUAAAAUUAUCUAAUCAAGAUUCAUGCAAUAGAUCCAGUGUUUCUAUUUGUAAUUUAUCUACUCCUCAUAAACCACUUAUGCGAAAAGGAACUUCAUCUAUUAAUGGAUUGCCUCCACCUAGUCCAUUUAUUAAUAAUACACACACUAAAAGAUCUUUGUCAGCUGUAUCUGUUAAAACAACAUUUUGUAGUAAAACUGAUGUAAAAAGGAUUUCUGGUAAACUUCAUUUAAAUAAUAAUUCAUUAUUAAAUGAUAAUAACAGUAAUAAUAGAAUAUUUGUUGAUCCAUGUAUACCGAUAACAGAUCCACGUUUAUGGGAUAUUAGUUUGUCAGCAGAGGAUAAACGAAAACAUCUAUUUUAUUCAUCAUUAAUGACAGAUAAAGAGAAAGAUAAAUCAUCACAAUUUUUUAACAGAUUAUGCAAACAUAACAUGAAGAACGCAACAACUACUACUACCACUACUGAAAAUUUUUCAAAGGAUCCUAUGAAUAUAUUACGUCAUAUUUUAUUGGAACUUUCACCGGAUGAUUUGCGUACAUUAGUCAACUUAAUAGAUGAACGUUAUCGUGCUUCACUUGGUAAUUUUCAAUGUAUUUUUCCAGUUCAUGGAUCUAGAGGUUACCGAAUGUUGACCUUUCUUCAAGGGGCUUACCAGGAGAACAUAAUUGGUGGUACAUUAGGUUCACGUUCACCAUCUUUUUACUACUAUGAUAUACUUCAAUAUGUGUUUUUGACACUCUAUCAUAAUUCGGAAGGUAAUGAGGAUUUAUCCUGUGAUUCCUUUGUCCACUGUUUUUACGACAAAACUUUACCAGAUCGAAUAGCACUUAUUUCAAAUGAAUUAAAUACCGAAUCUUUGUCCAUAGCAGGUGAAAUGACAGGCGUUUCUAUAGCUGGCUUAAAAUCCGUAAUCAAUUUAUGUAAAAAAGCUGUACAUUUGAAGAAUUUAGAUUCACCUCAGAAAUCUAGCCAGUUUUUCAAAACACAAGGUGGUACAAAUCCAAAAACAUCAAAUUACAGUUCAAAUAAAAUUGACCUCCGUGACUAUCAUAAAAUAGAUGAUUCCAUUUCAUUAGGAUAUCCAAAUGAUAGUUCUGUUGAAAAUCAAUGUAUAGAUUUGAAUAAUAUCAAAACUAUUGUCAGGACAGACGAAUGUUCAAAUCAAUCACAAACAAUUACUCAGUAUAUUGAUGAAAAUAACAAUGUGUAUUUGAAGCAGCAUUAUAAAUUAGAUAAUGGAAGUGAUUCACACAAUAAAUCUUCACCAUUAUCAUCUGUGAAAAGUAAAACAUUUCAAUCAUCAGUAAAGAGAGAAUCAGCUCAACCAAAUAUUAAAUUAAAUAAUAAAAAUUUUCUUGGAUCAACGCUAUCAGUAAUAAAUGAUAGUACUGAUUUAAACAACUGUAGUUAUACCAAAACUUGUCUCACAAACGCUGUUAUGAAUACCAAAUUUGUGAAUGCAUCAAAUAACACGCUGAAAGAAUCAUCGUUACCUUCAGAAAUAUCAUCUGAUAAAAAGCCAACGAAUAUUUCUUCAGUACAAACCCAAACAUCCAACUGGGAUGAAAAUGCUACCAAAUCGUUUCAUAAUAUUACGUGUACUUCAAAUAGUUACCAAACUUUGUCACAUGAACCUUAUGCAACAAGAAAUAUGAAACCUGUAAGAUAUUCAUCAUCAUCAUUAUCAUCGUCAUCAAUAACAGCAGUAGCACCCACAAAUCCAUCAAAAUUCUAUGGUUAUCAUAUUCUUCAACAUAUGAAUUCUGAAAGAAUAUGCAAGUCACCAGAUGAAAUGAAUGACAUAUCGACAAAUCUUUAUAAAGACAACAGUCAUAUUAAUCAACAGACAAAAUGUCAGCAACAUACUACACUAAUGAUAAGCAUUAUAAUAAAAGCAGCAAUAAGGACAUUAUAAAUAAUGUGAACAAUAAAAGGCAGAAGCAACAACUGAUUUCCGAAUAUCAGAGUAAUAAGUACACUGAUAGCAUAUCGAAUAACC